AAUUUUCUAUCUUAAAAGGAAUGAUUUAAAUGGGUUGACACAUUUGGUAUGAGAAGGCUAAGUUGCAUGAUUUUUUUUUAAAGUUACUAUACCUGAAAACCAUUCAUGUUGAUGUAGGAAAAGGUAUACUAAGAUGUUUUUUUCACCCUUGGAAGCUUCUCUGUAUCCAAAUGCAUUGAAUGUCGAAGGGAUUAUAAGAUAUGAUGUACAUUUUGGAUAAAGAUGGAGGAUUGAAAUUGAGCUAAGAAAUACAAGAACAGGGAAUUGAUAUCUUUUGGUGACAUAAGGUGCAGAUGCAAUCGAGAUAUGUUAAAGAUUGUAAAGAGUGGGGUUUUUGUAGGGAGUUAAUAGUAUUUGACUAAGUGAUGCUUAAAUUAGAUGAAAUAUUAACAACUUCCUAUAAAGAAAGCUUGUAUAAGAUGUGUUAUAGGUGGUAGCUGUUGCCAAAUAGGUUAGCCAAGAAGUUUUUAAAGAUGUCAAAUGGAUGCUGGAUAUGUAAACAUAUAUUGGGUAUUUUUUAUUGUAUAUGGUAGAGGAAGUGGUACAAAAAUCCUUAGUUUCUUAAACCUGAAUUUUCUUUUUUCUUAGGCGUUAUACUGGGACAUUAGUAAAUAAGAAUGUAUGUCUGAUGUAUUAGAUGAUUGAUGUUUUAGCGUUAGUUUAAAAAUUUUAAUAAAGUUUAUUUUAAAAACCCACACUGCAGAGAAGCCAUUCACAUGCAUGGACUGUGGAAAGUCCUUCAGUCAGAGUGGAAGUCUUAGAAAGCAUCGAAGAACCCACACUGGAGAGAAGCUAUACCCAUGCAUGGAAUGUGGAAAGACCUUUGGUCAGAGUGGAACUCUUAGAAAGCAUCAAAGAACGCAUACUGGAGAGAAGCCAUUCAAAUGCACGGAAUGUGGAAGGGCCUUUAGUGCGAGUGGAGAUCUUACUCAACAUCACAGGACCCACACUGGAGAAAAACCAUACACAUGCAUGAAAUGUGGAAAGAGCUUCACUUCUGGUGGAAAUCUUAUAAGGCAUCAAAGAACCCACACUGGAGAGAAGCCAUUCAAAUGCACGGAAUGUGGAAGGGCCUUCAGUAGGAGUAGAGAUCUUACUCAACAUCACAGGACCCACACAGGAGAGAAACCAUACACAUGCAUGGAAUGUGGAAAAAGCUUCAGUUGGAGUGGAGAGCUUACUCAACAUAACAGGACCCACACUGGAGAGAAACCAUACAAAUGCAUGCAAUGUGGAAAGAGCUUCACUUCUGGUGCACCUCUUAUAAGGCAUCAAAGAACCCACACUGGAGAGAAGCCCUUCAAAUGCAUGGAAUGUGGAAAGGCCUUCAGUGGGAGUGGGCAUCUCAUAAGGCAUCAAAGAACCCACACUGGAGAGAAGCCAUACACAUGCAUGGAAUGUGGAAAAGCCUUCAGUGGGAGUGGAGAGCUUACUCAACAUCACAGGACCCACACUGGAGAGAAGCCAUACACAUGCAUGGAAUGUGGAAUGAGUUUCACUUGUGGUGGAAAUCUUAAAAGCCAUCAAAGAACCCACACUGGAGAGAAGCCAUUCAAAUGCAUGGAAUGUGGAAAGGCCUUCAGUGGGAGUGCAGGUCGUAGUCAUCAUCGAAGGACCCACACAGGGGAGAAGCCACACACAUGCAUGGAAUGUGGAAAGAGCUUCAGUUGGAGGGAAUAUCUUAUGCUGCAUCAAAGAACCCACACUGGGGAGAAGCCAUACACAUGCAUGGAAUGUGGAAAGAGCUUCAGUUGGAGGGGCUAUCUUAAACUGCAUCAAAGAACCCACACUGGGGAGAAGCCGUACACAUGCAUGGAAUGUGGAAAGAGCUUCAUUCAUAGUGGAAGUCUUAGAAAGCAUCGAAGAACCCACAAUGGGGAGAAGCCAUACACAUGCAUGGAAUGUGGAAAGACCUUCAGUCAGAGUGGGCAUCUCACAAGGCAUCAAAAAACCCACACUGGAGAGAAGCCAUACAAAUGCACGGAAUGUGGAAAGGCCUUCAGUGUAAGUGGAGACCUUACUCAACAUCACAGGAUUCACACCAGGCAGAAGCCAUACACGUGCAUGGAAUGUGGAAAGAGCUUCAGUUGGAGGGGAUGUCUUACACUGCAUCAAAGAACCCACACGGGGGAGAAGCCGUACACAUGCAUGGAAUGUGGAAAGACCUUCAGUCAGAGUGGACAUCUCAUAAGGCAUCAAAAAACCCACACUGGGGAGAAGCCAUACAAAUGCACAGAAUGUGGAAAGAUCUUCAGUCAGAGUGGACAUCUCCUAAGGCAUCAAAAAACCCACAUUUGAGGUUUCCAGUUUGGCGUCGUGGCGGCAUGGCUGUGAGGAGUGGGGGCUCCUGCUAUCACGCUAGUAUUUGUAAGACAGAGAGCUGUGGGAGGCUCAUCUAAGACCUGUCGGGGCGAAGAAUAGAUUGUCUGCGCACUCUUGUAAUUGUGCGUUGUAGCGGCUCCGCAUUUAUUGGGAGAGAUUUCGGCUUUUCUCAAUCAGACAACACAGAGGGGGGAAUAACAGCUCCCUACUAGCCAUUGACAUCCGUGAGAAUUGCAUAGAAGAAUUAGCUGGAAGUUCAUCGGACCUGCUGGGUGAGCAUUUUUAUCUUCUUUUUCUUCUAUACUACCCUUGAAGAGCAGCAACAGGUUCUAAUUUGGCAUAAAGAAGAAAGGGGAAGCCCUAUGAUGGAGGGAGGAAUUCUUCCUUCCCUCACGGAGUUUUAAGCGGUGACUGAUCUGGGGGAGAGGAACUGAGGCUCUUUUGGAAAGGUUGGGGCUGGAGGGAAGGACCAUUUUUUCCCUCACCUCCCCAAGUGUGAAGAAUCAGAAUAAAUAAUUACUGUAGAAUAACGUGAUAGAAGAUAAAGUUUGCUUUGAUCCGCCAUUUUUCUUUCUUUUUCUUGGACUCUUCCCAGAAGCAAUUGGACUCUUGUCAAAGCAACUUUCAUACCAAAAUAUCACCUCGUGAUGCCAUUUUUUUUUUUUGCCUUUUAAAGAAAAAUAGCCCUUUGCUGCUACCCUGUGGCUAUUUGGAUUUAUAGCAAGUAUUUUUAUUCUCUAUUCCUAUGUUGCUAUCUUGUAAUUUUUGGUAAAAUUUAUUACCACUAUCGAAAAGGCAUCUACAUCAGCUCUUCAAUUAAUCAGGCCAAAGUGGCAGAUGUUGGAAAAUAUCAAAAAGAGCUACAAAUGAUGCUUCUGGCAAUACAGACAUCCUUAACAGCUGGGGAGACAUCCCAAGAGGCGAUGUUAAUUCAACAGGAAAACAUUUCAAUUGAACAAAGAGAAUGUCUCGAUAAACUGGAUAAUUCUAUUAAGGAGGUUUUGAUGGUCGUUCAAUUUAAAACUGAACAGAAUACACAAAAAAUGCAACAAGCAUAUGAAAAACUUGAAAGAGUGGAUAAAGAAAUACAAUGAAUAAAGCCAAUAAACCAGUUAUCAUGGGAUUCGCUUGUUAUACUAGAGAGGGAGAAGGUAUCCAAAUGUUUGAGAGAGACUGUGUUUGGGUGGCUAUCGACAGAAGGAACAUCUCUUACCUGGAACGUUACAAGACACAAACCGGACUCGAUUGUUAAGGCACAAGAGUUGAAUGAAAAAUUUAGAAGUAUGUCUGAAGAGGAAGAAUUGGGUGCCUCAAAAGAAGGAGGGAUAGGUGCCGAACUAACUACAUGUCAUUCUGAGAGGAGAAAUAGUGAAUACUGAUUUGCAACAAGAAGCACAGACACUGGAAAUGGAUACUGAUUUAUAACAAGCACUCCAAAUACUGAAAACAGAGGAAGAAAAGGAAUUAUUUAAAUGGGUUGGCACAUUUCUGUGUGGUAUGAGAAGGCUAAGUUACAUGAUUUUUUAUUUUUUUGAAGUUACUAUACUAGAAAACCAUUAAUGUUGGUGUAGGAAAAGUUAUACUAAGAUGUUUUUUUCACCCAUGGAAGCUUCUCUGUAUCCAAAUGCAUUGAAUGUUGAAGGGAUUAUUAGAUAUGAUGUACAUUUUGAAUAAAGAUGGAGGAUUGAAAUUGAGCUAAGAAAUACAAGAACAAGGAGUUGGUAUCUUUUGGUGACAUAAGGUGCAGAUACAAUCAAGAUAUGUUAAAGGUUGUAAAGAGUGGGGAUUUCUAAGGAGUUAAUAGUAUUUGACUAAUUGAUGCUUAAAUUAGAUGAAAUAUUAGCAACUUUGUAUAAAGAAAGCUUGCGUAAGAUGUGUUAUAGGUGUCAGUUGUCACCAAAUAGAUUAGCCAAGAAGUUUUUAAAGAUGUCAAAUGGAUGUUGGAUAUGUAAACAUAAAUUGGGUAUUUUUUAUUAUAUAUGGUAGAGGAAGUGGUACAAAAGUUCUUAGUUUCUUAAACCUGACAUUUCUUUUUUUAUUAGGCAUUAUACUGGGACAUUAGUAAAUAAGAAAUGUAUCUGAUUUUACAUGAAAUCAUUGCGGUGAGGAGUAUAUUUGCGUAAUACUGGAACAAUGAGGAAUUACCCAUCGAUGAAUUGAUUAAAAGAUCCUGGAUUGUGCAGAAA